CACUCCUAGCAAAAUGACAAAUUAGUGGUGGAGCAAGUCGUUUACUUUGUAUUAAAAGAAGAGGGGAGUUUAAUGAUUGACAUUUGAUCUAUUAUAAUGGCACUGAUUUCUUGUUGGUCCUUUUUCGAGAAUUUGGAGAAGCCCAAAAGAUAUGUCGGUCGUAUUGGUAAGAAGGGAUCUAUUAUAUAAAGAAAGCGAGAGAGAGUUGUAAAUUCAUUUUGUUUCUGGGAAAGAAAGAGAGAAAAGGAGAAUGGCGGACGUGGUGAUGAGGAAAGAGGAUAGCGACACAUUGAGUGUUAAGGAACUCGGUGCUUUUCUACCGCCGCCGCCACCGCCGCCGCCGCCGCCUACCUACAAGCCGUCAGCACAAGGUUUUGUUGACUUUUAUCCACCACCAUAUCAGCCUCCCAAUGUUUGGGAACCUCUUCCCCCCGGCCCCAGCACUUGGAGUCCAGUGGUCAUAAAAUUGCCUUCUACUCCUAAAGACGAGUUGAAGCGAGAGUUACUGGAUGCUAUUCUUCUACCGGAACCCGUUGACGAAGAACCGGGCAAGCGGUCGUUAUAUAUACAGUCACCAACUCCAUCUAACAUGGAAUAUCGAAGAAUCUUUCAUCAUCGGUACACUCCGAGUCCAACUUAUAGUCCCACUGCCCCUGGCGGUUACAGUUACUCUCAAUCUCAGGAUGCUAUGCACGCCAAGCCACUGCUCUUUGCUAAAAUCGCACUCCAUUGCUACAAUCUCGAAAAGGGGACACACUUUGAACGUUUGGGUCUGCCUCGAGAUUAUGACCAGACCUUAGAGGCAAGGGAUCCAGCACGCAAUUACACUUGCAGGUUUGAAACAAGUGUUCGGCUUGCCACUGAGAAUAAAGAUUGCUUCCAUGUUGUCACAACCCGCUGCAGGCCCUUGCCCCCACCUCCUCCUCCAGGGGAAGAUGGAUUCCAAUGUGGAUUUGACACACUCUCCGUGGAUGAGCUUUUCAAAGGCAACAUGCCCGAUUGGUUGCCUAAUGACUAUGCCACUAGUACGCAGCUGCUCCUGCAAUACUACGAGAUGAAAGAAUCAGAGGUGGAACAAGCCAAAGAAUGGCUUCAUCUUUACGCUGAACUAGCCUUGUACACCAAGAAGCAGACGGACCCGUUCAUGUUUGAGCGUUCAAAGCCCCUGGAGCUCGGAAAGGUUGUUGUGCAAACUAGAGGAGUUGUCGACUCUCUGAAAGAGGUUGAGCUGUUGGAUAAUGCAGUCUUUUUCAUAACCUUCAAAACAAGUUGCCAUCGUGUCUGGAAAGGUAUCAUCAGGAGGACAAGGGAUGGGAUUCCAGAGCAUCUAUCCCUUGAAGCCAAGUGCUUCAUGUGAUGUGAAGAGUCUCUUCUGAGGUUGACUAUGAGCGAGAGAGAGAGAUUAAAAAAAAAAACGGUCCGUAGCUCUAUCUACGCUAUAAGUACUCCCUCCGUUCCUAAAACAUGUAUGUUCUGGAAAAAAAAUUUGUUUCAAAAAGAUACAUUUUUUACUUUUUCAAUGUAUGAAUUUAUGAAAAAUUGUAAGUUUCAAAAAAAUUAAUGGUGUUUAUUGAA